AUGAAAUUUGUGCAGGAAAAUAUUUUUUCGAGAUUUGGAUGUCCUAGAGUGAUUAUUAGUGAUGGAGGAACACAUUUUACAAAUAAAAAUUUCAGAGAACUGUUGAAAAAGAAUGGAGUACACCAUAGAGUAGCCACUCCAUAUCAUCCCCAAACAAAUGGGCAAGCUGAAGUAGCAAAUAGGGAAAUUCAGAGAAUUUUGAGAAAAAUAGUUAGACCAGAUAGGAAAGAUUGGCCCACGAAAUUACAAGAUGCAUUAUGGGCUUAUAGAACAGCUUAUAAAAAUCCCAUAGGUAUGUCCCCAUUUCGUCUCAUUUUUGGAAAGCCAUGUCAUCUUCCUGUGGAAAUAGAGCAUAAAGCAUUAUGGGCUAUAAAAAAUUUAUGUAUGGAUGAAAAAUCAGCUGGUGGGCAUAGAAUUUUUCAGUUACAUGAACUAGAGGAGUUGAGGAAUGAAGCUUAUGAAAAUCAUAGAAUAUAUAAAGAAAAAACUAAAACUUUUCAUGAUAAAUACAUUAGCAGAAAAAAAUUUGAUGUUGGACAAAAAGUGUGGUUAUAUGAUUCUAGGCUGAAAUUAUUCCAGGAAAAUUAA